UUAAUUUUCAUUAUUUCGUUUGGCUGGCAUCGGUGCCGAGAACUCAGAUUGCUGGGCCCAAAAGUUUUUCAAAAUUUUCACUUGCUGAUAUUUUUAGAAAAUUCUGAAAGCGGAAAGACUAAGCUGUCUGGGAAUGGACUCCUGAAUAGAUGUUCACUGACCAAAGAGGAGGAAUAUCCAAUUGAAAGGUGAAGAAUUCGCAUAAGAUUCUAUUGGGUGCACUGGCGGAAUGUGUUCCACCUCGGUGCUGUGUCCGCUCUGCGCGGUGCCCAGUUUCGGGAGUAUUGACGCACUGCAGCAGAGGCUGAUCAAGGCGGCCAACGGCCCACUGGCCUGUCCCUUCGCCAACUGCAAGGAGCUCUUCCUGGGGCUGGACAAGCUCACCAUCCACCUCUUUUCGCACACCAGUCUGAUGGACGAGGCUGCAGCCACGAGCCCCGUUAAUGUCCAACCCGUUCCUCCCCUGAUUGCCGUGGCUGCUCCCAAAAGGAGGGCCAAGCGAGCGAAGGGCAGGCCCGUCCUUCCGCCCCAGCCACCUGCUCCCCAAUCUCCUCCCGCCAAUUGUGACAUUUGCGAAUUUAGUUUCCGGAAUACCGAGCUAAGAGACAUGCACAUCCGGUUGGUGCACGAAAAUGCAGAAGGAGAGCAGAAACAAAAGGAGCCACAACCGGAGGAGCCGGACCAAGAGCCCUACAAGUGCCACCUCUGCUCGAAGACGUUUCGCAUGAAGGGCUCCCUUCGAAUACACCUGAAAGUGGUGCACAUGAUGGGAGUGCCCUGCUCCAAUCCCAGCCCCGUACCCACCUCCACUGCAGUUAGUCCCUCGCCCAAGCUCAGCAUUUGCGAUCGCAUCCGGCACAAGGAGGCGGGAGCCUCGGGAAGCACCAACUCAUCGUCCACCAGCUCCCAGCCCUAUGCCCUGAGUGGGGCACUCAGCAUGCUUCAGCAGCCCCCCAGUUCGCCGGAUUCGGGAACGGCCACGCCAAAGCUGUGGGAGUGCGAUGUGUGCACCAAGUCCUUCACCACCAAGUACUUCCUGAAGAAGCACAAGCGGCUGCAUACCGGGGAGAUGCCGUACACGUGUGAGAUCUGCGCCAGGACCUUCACCUUCCAGCAGUCGUACCACAAGCAUUUGCUUUACCACAGCGAGGUGAAACCCCAUGUCUGCGUGGUCUGUGGCCGAGCCUUCAAGGAGCUGUCCACGCUGCACAACCACCAGAGGAUCCACAGCGGAGAGAAGCCCUUCAAGUGCGAGGUGUGCGGCAAGUGCUUUCGGCAGCGGGUGUCCUUCCUGGUUCAUACGCGCAUCCACACGGGGGUGAUGCCGUACAAGUGCGAGCUCUGUCAGAAGACGUUCAGGUACAAGGUCAGCCAACGGACCCAUCGGUGUCCCAACGAGGAGGGCCAGACGCCGGAACAGCUGAUCAAGGCCUUCCUGGAGGGCGACGACUCGCCCACGCAGCCCUCGCCGGCUAGCGCCGAAAUAGCUGCCAUCAACAACGGUUUGAUGCCGGACCCGGAACAGGAGGCGUUGCUCUCGCAGUCCAUUGACGACAUUGUGGUGGAGCAGUGCCAAAAACUGGGCAUCUGUGGCGUGGAGCCGAGGGAGGAACAAGGCCAUUUCGUAUGCUUGCAGCCGGUCGCAGUUGUGCAAUUCACCGGGAAUGGCACGCCCUUGCAACAGCUCCAGAACUUGAGACUCUACUCGCCGCAACAGACGGAGGUGCCCAGCUCCGAUGGCGAAGUCUUCCAGCGCUUCCUGAUGGACGCCACGUAGUUGGAGCAGUGAAAUUUGGAUAUUUAUUUACACCAUGUUUACCAUACGGAUAUACAAAAUAACACUAAGCAAUGUUCCAUGCAAAGCGUAAAAGUAUGCGGUCCUGUUUCUGCUUAUCUAAAAAAUAACCUGGGGGUGUCACAGAAAACUAUCCUUUUUUUGAUUUGGCUGGAAUUUGGAAUUUAAGCAUGAUAAUCUAAGGGGCAACGAAAUGAAAACCUCUUUACAAAAUUUGUUUCGUUUAAUUUUUCGUCUGUCAUUUGGUAUGGAAACUUCCGUUUCCCUCUUUGGUUGUCCGUAUUAGGCUUUCGAUUUGAGUUGGAUGACAUUUCCAUGACACCCCUUUUCAUAUUUGUUCUUCUAUGUUUUGGUUACAAAUAUUUGAAAAGUAGGAAACGUUUAUUAUUAUCCAUCAUUUUUCAUUGCUCGAAACAAUUCAAUUAACGACUUGAAAUUCAUUUCUAUAUAUUAAGGAAAGGAUCUGCUAAUUGAUUUUGCAAGGAAUUAUUGACUUGAAAGUGUUACCAGCAUAGCCCUGUUUAUUUUUAAAGUUUUGCGCCAAAGUCUAAAUCGAUUGACACCUGACAUAAGUUAAAUACAAAAAUAUUUAAUCUGUUUUUUGGAAACUCCAAAUUUACUUAUUAAAGAUCUUGAAAAUUAGUUUAUGUUCUAAAA